AUGGGAAUCCUCUUUCGUCGAGAGUAUUGUGACACUUGGGACAGCUAUGGCAACGUAUGCAGAAACAGCUCCUGGUACAGCUGGGGCCGCUGGGUUGCCUUUGCUGUUAUCGUGGCCGCCGCCUUUAUGAUAUUCUUCCUAUUCGCAUGCUUUAACGCUCGUCGUCGUCGCUAUAACGGCCUCCGUCCUCACCCCGGCACCGCUUGGCUUGCUCCUCCUCCAGGCCUCCUCCACCAAAUCAACCAUACUACGCCGACCCCUACUACCAACAGCAGCCGCCACCACAAUAUACAGCUCAGCCGCAGUCCUAUGGAUAUUUCGGUGGACAAUCACAGCAACCGGGCAUCGAACUGCAGUCACCGCCGCACGCCUACGCUGCUGGAGGCGAUCGGACAUAUCAGCCUCCGCCGGGCCCUCCACCCCAAGGUGGUCCCAAGGUGUAGAUGGUUGUCGGAUCCGCUGGUCCUUACGGAAGCAAACAAGCGGGAUUUGAAGUGA